AACCAAAACAAUGAAUAGCGAUCUGCGGUCUGACACCGUUUCAGCAACCUUCGAAAAUAUCUGAACUUUUAUUAUCAGGGCAUUGCUUACCACGAAAUAUAGCAUAUUAACAAAGGCAAAUGGCUUCAGAACAAGGACCAGUUAUUGGGAUCCAUCUUGGAACUUCAUGUUCUUGUGUUGGAGUCUUUCAGAGUGGGACGGUGGAGAUCAUUUCCAGUAACCAGGGAAACAGAACCACGCCCAGUUAUGUUGCGUUCACGGAUACAGAGAUAGUGAUCGGAGAAGCAGCCAAGAAUCAGAUGGCUUGGAACCCAGAGAAUACAAUAUUCGAUAUCAAGCGUCUGAUUGGUCGGCAGUUUGACGACAAUGAUUUACAGUCUGACAUGAAACACUGGCCAUUCAAGGUCGUAGAAAAGGCUGGAAAACCAAUGCUGGAGGUGGAAUAUCUUGGACAAUCCAAGACACUUUCACCUGAAGAAGUUUCUUCCGUUUUGCUUGCAAAUCUGAAGGAGACAGCAGAAGCCUACCUUCACCAGAAGGUCAGUGAUGCCGUCAUCACUGUUCCUACUUGCUUCAGCGAUUCUCAGCGAAUUGCUACCAAGAAUGCAUGCAAAAUGGCUGGCUUGAACGUGCUCAGGCUCCUCAACGAGCCAACGGCUGCCGCCCUUGCCUACGGACUCGAGGAGAUCUCUGACGGUCAAGAGAUGCGCGUCCUUGUCUUCCAUCUAGAUCAAAGUGAAGUUGGUGCCUCACUCCUUCUUAUUGAAGAUGGGAUAUUCGAGGUCGUGUCGUCAGAAAGAGAUUCGCAUUUCGGCGGAGAGGACUUCGAUAGAAGAAUCGUCGACCAUCUUGCCAAUGAAUUUCAGAAAACGAAUGAACAAGACUUGAGUACGAACCACAGGGCAUAUCGACGCCUUCGUAACGCAGCGGAAGAAGCAGUAGAUAUAUUGUCAAGAACCACGCAAGCUAGCAUAGAUAUCGACUCACUUCAUGGAGGCACCGACUUCUGCACUAGCUUAAGCAGAGUAAUGUUCGAGGACUUGUGCUCAGAUCUCUUUAAAACGUGUCUGCAAGUUGUCGAUAGUAUCCUGAUGAAGGCGAAGAUUGAUAAGAAGGACAUUGAUAGAAUAAUCCCAGUUGGUAGAUCAGUUCCAAUUAUCCAUGGGACCCUUCAAGAUUUCUUUGGCGGUAAGAAAAUUGAUAAAUCAAUCAACCCAGAGGAAGUUGUGGCCUAUGGAGCCGCGUUGCACGCAAUCAAUGUGUCUAUGCUCAAAGACAUUGUAUGUUUCCACGGGAUCCCUCUUUCCCUCGGUAUCAAGACAGCAGAUGGGGUAAUGAAAACAAUCAUUGCUAGAAAUACGUGGGUACCAACAAGAUCCUCGAAGAGAUUCAGCACCUAUUUCUACAACCAGUCAGAAGUCUCCAUACAGGUAUUUGAAGGGGAGAGAGCAUUGGCCAAAGACAACAAUCGCCUCGGCCAAUUUGCGUUGUCUGGAAUUCCCCCAGCUCCUCGUGGUGUCCCAACCAUCGAAGUUACUUUCGAUAUUGAUGCUAACGGCAUAUUGUCGGUUACUGCUGAAGAUGUCAUGACAGGACAGAGCAAUGGGACAACCAUUUCUAAUGAUAGGAGGUUGUCCAAAGAGGACAUUGAACGCGUACUAAAGGACAGUGGAGAGUUCAAAGCUGAUGACAUUGUCUUGCAGAGAGACAUCGCCUCUCAUCAGAACCUUCUUAAAGGGGAAUCCAGCCUUGGCCAUAAAAUGUUGUGUUGGGAAGGAGAAAAAUAAAUUAAACAGAAUGGUGAAAAUUUGAAAGAAAUCAGACAAGCAAUAAGAAAGUUAUAGCUGCUCUAAAUUUGAGAUCACUAAUAGUAUGUAGAUUUCAAAUUGGCAACUGGGUAAGUAAAUAAUGACAAGGGGCAAGGACAACUUUCCCAUAGGCCAUGUACUUUAUUAUCAGGGAUUUGUGGUUUUCUCCUAAGUACCCAUUCCCCUGGGGCAGUAAUCUAAAUAUAUAAUCCAGGUAGUAUAUUGUUUUAUGUCCUCAUGAAAGAAAAAUAAAAUUUGAAAUAAAACUUUGGGGGGAAAUGACAUGUUAGCCAUAAUAUGUAUUGGAGUACAUAAAAGAGUAGUCCUUGCCUUACAUCACUAUGACAUCCCAUAUGCGGCCAAUUUGAAGUCUCCAUGGGUAUAGUGAUUACCAAUAUUUACAACUUUUAAAAAUUCAUAACUUUCUUGUUGUUUGUCCAAUAUUGUUGAAACUUUCACCUAUCAACUUGUCUGAUUUUUCUUUUUCUCAUAAAAACAAGUUUUUAUUUGGGUUGGAUUCCCCUUUAAGGAUGGCGCCCUCAACGACAGAACUAUCUUUGAAACAGUUGCUAAACUCUAAUGAAUGAAAAAUCCUUGACAAACAGGAAGGCAAUGUCGUACUCCAAAUGUGUUUAGUAUUUCAUUUCAGUUGUUUGUUAUACACUUUGUGUCGUAGUAUAGCACUUCCUCUUCUGCUGAAAGGAAUGUAAUCAGCAAACUGAAAGUAUCUUAGACGAAUUUGGCUUUAACCCUUAAAAUUACAAAGGGGGAAUACUGAUAUCCCAUCUGGCCAUUCGUUAAGAAACCUAUAGCAAAGUAUAAGAGGUUUGUCCCAAUCACUGAUCUCUCCCCUAUCUGGAUGGGAACAAUAACACUGAUUGGCCUAUUCCGUGUUGAAGCACCGGAAGUUGGUACCUCCGCACGCCGAGUUCCCCCCAAAAAGCCAAAAUCGAAGUAGAGUUUGGUUCACGGCAAUAGUGUCAAUUCUUAUUUAUACUUACCAGAUCAACUCUAUACAGCACUUUUCAAUGUGAAUUUAUACCUGAUACAAAGUUAAAGAUGCCGUCCUGUGCCGCGUAUGAUUGCACUAAUCGGGACGACCGUGGAAACAGAGAAAAGGGGGUUACUUUUCACAGAUAAGACAAGCUGGUGAACUGCUUAGUUGUAGACUUUAUGUAGUCCCAUGUGCUCAAAUACAUGUGUGGUAAUUCUAAUUUACCAGAGCAGGUUUCCAAAACUUUAAAACUCCAGGGGGGGGGGGGUUAUCGAUUGUUGUGAUUUCUCUGGAAGCGUGAUAAAUUUAAACCAUGAUUCAAAUAAAAAUUCAGUUAAUUAAUAUUCAUAACUGUCACCAAGUUUUAUGAGUUUGUCAGUCAUGUUUGGACAGAAGAAUAUCACGAGACACGAAAAUACUGACCGUGUAGCCUGUAUUCUGAAACUUGACUUAAGACUGAAAAUCUGCCGUUUCGGAGGAGUUAAAAAAAAAGAUUUUUUUGCGAAGCACAUAUCCUGACCGAAAUAGACUGAUUUUUCGGUCAAGGACUAGAUCUACAAGGUAUUCUGAAAAUUAUUUUAUCUUUUAUUUGUGUUAAUUUCCUUGGAAAGGACAAUAAAAUUUACAAGCUAGAGGUACAUGUACGGUAGGACUAGGACUUUAGGAGGCUAAUGUAACUUGUGGCAUGUGAAUUUGUGAUAUUUUUCUGUCAACAAUAGAUCUAAUUAUUUUUUCCAAGAACUUAUUUUAAAAAAAAGUACGUAAAAAGACAUUAGGCUACAGAGACGGAUUUACAGAUUUCAGAAAUUUCACAGAACUUAUUUUGAGAUGAUGAAUGUCUUUAAAGAAAAAAAUGUCUCGGUCGAGC